AUGACGAAUAUGCUUCUUCUGGACCGGAGACGAAUCUUCUGGAUUACGAUCAUCUCCGGCAUUGCGAUCGCUGGUUUUAUACUGUUGCUGUUCAUACUUCAACUACUACUCGUUCCUGUAUUGGUGUACAUAUUCCCCGGCCUGGAGGCACCCUUCUACGACCUAGCCCUUUUCGGCGCUUACCGAACUCAAGACUAUGUAUCAUUCAACCUCACCAGCCCUCAGACCAGCACGGUUCGAUGGGACGAUUCUUGCGACCAAGGCUAUAUCUUUCUCGAUCCCUCUGGUCCUGCAGUCGGCCAUCGUGGCCCACUGAUCGUGGAUGCGCAAGGUGGUCUGAUAUGGACAAGCGACCAGUUCCAGACUACGACGAACCUCAAGGUACAGACCUACCGUGGCAAGGAGUUUAUGACGUUCUGGUCUGGCCAAAAGGCCAAGACGAUGGGUACUGGAUCAUACUACAUGAUGGACGAUACUUAUCGCGUGGUUCAUAAGGUUGAUGCAGUAGGUGACGGUGCCCAUGGCGAUCUUCAUGAGUUCAAGAUUACGUCGGAGGGUACCGCAUUAUUGACCGUCUAUAAUAAAACCCAAGCUGACCUGACUGGUAUGGGCUGGUUCCGAUCUGAUCAUGGCUGGAUUGUCGACUCUGUCUUUCAGGAGGUAGACAUUGCUACUGGAGCUUUACUGUUCCAAUGGAAAGCCAGCGACCAUUUCAGUGCCGCCGACAGCUACAUGACCAACCCUUUCGGCGGUUACACUGAAGGCAUACCCUUUGAUUUCUUCCACAUAAACAGCAUCGAGAAGGAUAGGAACGGCAACUACUUGAUUUCCUCGCGGCAUUUUCACAGUGUCAUGACUAUCGACGGGCAGACUGGUGAGGUACUUUGGCAGCUCGGCGGGAGGUCUGACGAAUUUGAGGAUCUGUCGGACGGGAAAGCGAGCGACUUCAGCUGGCAGCAUGAUGCGCGCUGGCUUGACGAGGAGGAAGGUAUAUUGUCACUUUUCGACAACGGCUAUGCCUGGCCCCACUACAAUGCUCCUUACAGCCAAGGCCUUUUCAUCAAGAUCGACUUCGAGGCGCAGACUGCCGAGCUUACGCAAUCCUUCGUCUCUUCUGGACACGCGCUUUCCUCCUCCCAGGGAUCUGUUCAACCUGUGUUGACAGAAGAAGGCGAAGAACACGUGUUCAUCGGCUGGGGAUCAAGCGCAGCUUUCGGCGAGUUCACUAUGGAAGGAGAGCUGUUGUGUGAGACACACUUCGCGGCAUCGAGCUCAUUUUGGUGGGAAAGAGUGAAGUCCUACCGCGCUUUCAAGAUGCUGUACUGGUCUGGAACACCGGCCCUCUGGGACCCCAGCGCCGCAAUCAGUGAUGGGAAGCUAUAUGUGAGCUGGAACGGCGCAACAGAGGUCGCGUACUGGGAGCUCCAUGGCACAGUGAUAGUUCCGGAGCAAGAGCAAGGACAAUGGCAAGAUGUAGAUGUAGCGGAGAAAGAUGGCUUCGAGACGAGCUUCAGCCUGCAGACAGUCUCUGGUGAAGAGGAGGGCGCCAGGCCAUACACAUAUUUCCGCGUGGCAGCUCUGGACGCCGAGCGCAACCUCAUACGAUACUCGAAUAUCAUCAUCACGAUCGCUGCACUCUGGCAUUAUCGAAAGAGAAGCUGGAAGAUUGUGGAUUGGAGACAGAUGGCGCAGAAUACUAUCGACCGCACAAAGUAUCAGAAGCUGUGGUGA